AUGUUAGCUGGGAGAGGAAAUGACAGUGACUGGUGUGGUGUUUUUCAGAUUGAUGGACUGGAGGAGAAGCUGGCACGCUGCAGACAGAGCAUGGAGGAGAUGGAUCUUAAACUGUGCAGGGAGAAGCUCAGCCCUGAAGGAAGAAAGUCACUGGAGAGAGAGAGAAACUUACUAAUGACCAAAGCUGACAACUAUGAGAAAGAACUGAGUGUGCUUCGUAAGGAAAAUCGCAAGAAUGCUGCCCUUGCUGUGGCCAUGGGGUUGCUGAUUGCUCUUAUUUACGCCUGCUGGACAAUGUGAUUGUACUCAAGAAUUCUCCCUGCUGACCAAAUGACUCUCCUGCAAGGAGCCCUUCCUCCACUCACCACUGUGCCUCCCCCAAGGGUGAGGAUCAGCAUUUCAAAUUGCUGUUCUCGUUUAUCCUCUCCAAGCAUCAUUGUAGGGAAGCUUUUUCUCUGAGAAUUGAGGGGGACAGGAGACAAACCACAAAUCACAGCACACUUGCACUUAGAAAUCAGGUCAAACAGAGCUCAAGCUGGUGCUGUCUUACACAGUGAAGACCAUCCAGCCUGAUGCAGGAAGGCAAUUCUCCCUUUUGAAGAGGACCUCUGUGGUUGCAGACGUUCCUGUGACGCAGACAUUCCUGUGACUCAGCCAUAAGCUGAAGGGACACCAAGAAGCUCUUUGAAUCAAAGGGUAACGUGGGUAUUGUGACCUAAAGAUUCCACAUGUUCCCAGAGCUGAGCUAAACAAAGAUGUUUCCUCCUCCGCACUGACUUACAGGACCAAAGGAAUCCUACCUCCACAAAAACAGAUGGGAAGUAGGCAUCUCUUUUUCUGCAAGCAGGUAGCAUCCAACUUGAGAUCUGGAUGCUUGGGCUUUGAGAAGAUCUACCUACCUCUCCAGUGCAUCAGAGCUUGGUAGCCAUUUUGUGCCUCCAAGAAUCAACACUUGCAGAAGAGAAUUUACUAUCAACUCCCAGGGAUGGAAGUACCUCUGCAGGGCUUUAAAUAAAAUAGUUUGACCUAUUA